GGGCAAGUUCUGUGCGCGCUCCUGGACCUCUGCGGACUUCUACGAGCCGUCUGUCAUCCGCGACCUGAAGGGGUUCCGAAAGCUAUGGACUCACUGACCUUUGAGGAUGUGGCUGUUAUCUUUACACUGGAGGAGUGGGCUCUGCUGGACAUUUUUCAGAAGAAUCUUUACCAAGCUGUGAUGCAGGAAACCUGUAGAAAUCUCUCUUUUUUGGGAAUAAAAUGGAAACGCCAGGAUUUGGAAGUUCAGUACAAAGGUCUAAAGAGAAAUCCAAGAACUCAAGCUGCAGAAAAACUCCCUGAACAUAAAGAUGGUAGUCAAUAUAGAGGAAGCUUCAGCAAAAAUGUAGGUGAUGAAGAAAUGGUAAACAAGAAAAGUCAAAGAAUAAAGCUUUAUGAACACCAUAUCUGUGAAGAAGAGGACAUUGGUCAUUCAUCUGUUAACAAGCACAUUACAUCUACUAAACGCAAAGUUUGUGAUUAUGUGGAAUACGUAAAGAAAUAUUAUGAAUGUGAAACAUGUAAUAAAGCCUUUACAUGCCCCAUUUCCUAUCGAAAACAUAAAAAGAUUCAUGCUGGAGAGAAACCCUAUAAAUGUAAGCAGUGUGGGAAGGCUUUCGCUUACCGCUUAUUUGCUGAAAGACACAUGAAGACUCACAAUGGAGACAUGCCUUAUAAAUGUAAGAUUUGUACAAAAGUGUUUUGUUCUGCUAGUUCACUUCGAGAGCACAAAAUAAUGCACUCGGGAGAGACACCUGAAUGUAAGCAAUGUGGGAGAGUCUUUUGGACUACCAGUUCCCUGCAUGUGCAUGAAAGGCUUCAUACAAGAGAGAAGCUCUAUGAAUGCAAGCACUGUGGAAAAACUUUCAAGGGUAGCUGCUCCUUUCGAUUACAUGAAAGGACUCAUACUGGAGAGAAACCUUAUGAAUGUAAGCACUGUGGUAAGACCUUCACACAUUCUAGUCAUGUUCGAGCACAUGAAAGAAUUCACACUGGAGAGAAACCCUAUGAAUGUAAGCAAUGUGGCAAAACUUUCACUUCUGGCCACUGUGCUAGAAGACACUUGGGUACUCACAGUGGAGACUGGCCUUACAAAUGUAAGAUAUGUGAUAAAGCAUUUCCUUAUGUUUAUUCCCUUCGACACCAUGAAAAAUCUCACACUAUCGAGAAACCCUAUGAAUGUAAACUAUGUGGUAAAACCUUUAAAUAUUCUUCAUCCCUUCGAAAUCAUGAGACUAUUCACACUGGAGAAAAACCUUAUGCAUGUGAGCGUUGUGGGAAGACCUUCAGUUGUUCUAGUUACUUUCGAGAUCAUAUGAGAAUACACAGUGAAUUGAAGCCCUACCAAUGCAAGAAGUGUGAGAAGACAUUCUCUCAUUCCAAACGUCUUAAAAAACACAUGAAAAUACACAGUUGAUUAGAGAUGCAUGGUUCCUAUAAAUGUAAGCAAGGUAAAUAGCCUUCAACUGUCAUCCUUUAUGGACAUGAAAAGAAUCACAGUGGAGAAUGUGUGUACUGUGGCAAAACCCAAUCAUUUCAGUCAUUUUUGUCUAUAGGUAGAGUGUAUAUGCCAGGGCCUCUUGCUACACCAGCAAAUUGAAAUUUUUUUUUAGUGUUAAUAAAUACCUUAAAACUCAUCAAAAUUCCCACUAAAUCUUGUAAACCUAAAAUUUAUGAAGCCUUUGCUGGAAAGAUGUCUUAGCUGUUCAGGUGCUUGCCUGCAAAGCCUAAAGACCCAGGUUCAAUUCCCCAGUACCCACAUAAACCAGAUACAAAAGGUGGUACACACAUCUGGAGUUUGUUUGCAGUGGCUAGAGGCCCUGGCAUGCCCAUUCUCUUUGUGUUUCUCAAAUAAAUGGAUAAAAUACUUUAAAUUAAAAAAAAUUUAUGAAGCCUACAAAUUCCUAUAUAUUGUGUUCCAUGAUGCCACAGUUGGAAAGAAAUGUAAUAAUUCCAUUCUCAGUAACCUAGACUUGAAUGGAUCACCCAUUGAUAAUUACCAGUUCUUACAUAAUUCUGUAGAAUUUGAAGCCAGAAUACAUGAGUGUUUUUAGGUUUCUUUUGCUUUUUGAUUUUUUUGUGGGGGGGUUGUGGGAGUGCUGUUCAGGACAGGAUCUCACUUUAGCCCAGGCUGACCUGGCACUCUAGUCCCAAUCCUAGAACUCAUUGUGAUC